GCCUUCAAUUUCCUGUGUUGAAACAAAAUAAGGCAGGAAAACGGAAGAGCUUUUCAAUGUUUUAAUGAAAUGAAUGAAAAAAAAACACCUCAAGUAUAUCGUACAAGAUGUCAUUUGAGUGACAAAGGCUGAGUAAGGACCGGAAAAAUAAUUUGAAGAUCUCAAAAAUAAAUUUCUUUCUUUUUGCCAAAGGAUUCCCUGAAAUGUCGAGCAAAGUGUGUUCUCAAUUUCAGGAAGAGACCGAUUCAAGUCUCUUUUCAUUGAUAAUUGUUUUCUUUCAAUUGAGAAAGGGUUUCUUUUAGUUUCAAGAACAAUUUUCAAUUAGCACUAAUUGGCCUGUCUGUCAUGUUAUGUAUUGAAAAUUACCGCAAGUGGAAACUGACUCCUUGCAUUACUGUUUUUCACUGCUGGAGGAUUUUAUUGUCUGCCUGUCACUGGAAAUGUUAUUUCCCUUUCAAGGAAGUCUGCAUUUUUGUCAAUAUAGCUGCCACGAUAUUGAUUAUCAGCUGCAAAGUAACAUUGAAAAAACAAAGAGACUUUGAGGAUUGAUAGCUUUUUUGACUUAUGAAACACCUAUUCUAAAUUAAGGUGGUUAGUACGGUUUGUUUCCUACAGGCCGACUGAGUACAGUCAGUAAUUUUCCAUAUUUCGAGAGCCCUUUCCUCCGUAUACAUGUAUGGCCACCCGGCCACCCAGAUUUCGGUGGGCCUUAUAGUUGGUGGUCCGAUUAACGGGCUUCUAUUGUACAAGCAAACAUAUCAUUGCUAGAUCGAUUCAGUUAAGUAAUAAAUGGGCUCAUUAGGAAGCUAAGAACAAUGGUAUAAAAACUUGACUAAUUUUCAAAUUACCGCAUAAGGCAAGUAGUCAGUUUGACAGUUGAUGCGUGGUGGACUGAAAAGUUGGAUGUGUGAUGCGUUUUGUUAAAAAUAUGGACAAAAACCCCCUUUUUAUGGCCAUCAUAGUCAUGUAUCUGGCACCAGCUUUACACGGAAAAACAGCAACAUUCAAAGUGCAAGUAAAGAAUGAUGGAGGAGUGUUCAAUGAGGUGGUAAAGAUUAACCUUGGAAGAAAAAUAGAAAAAUUUACCGUCCCAUCUCAAGAUGGCUCUCAGGCGGCAGAUAUCAUCCACGAUUUCCGUAAGAAAUUGACGAUGAUCACUUUUCCGGAAAAGCAAGUGUGUUACUUGGCGCGGCUCAGUGGCAAUCUACCAAACCCAUUACAGCUGUUUCUUGCCAUUAAAAAGGCCACAGUUGCUGGGAGAAACGAUUCUAACGUCGACAGAGUGAAAAUCACAAUGGAAGUCAAGGGAUUGUUUCAAUAUCACACCAGUCUUAGUGAGGCCAUGCGAAAACAGUGCCGAAGCUUCCCCAUUUAUCGCAUCGAACCAGUUGAAGAAGUCAUCUCCAUCACAUCAAUCUCUAACCAUGCUGGGGAUGAGCCGGACUACUCAACAUAUCGCAAUCGUCGAGGCCCUUGCUCUGGCUCUGUUUGUGAUAGAGAGGAAGAAUGUUAUCCAAAACAAUGUGGGGCUUCAAUAUGCUAUGAAUGCAAAGAAGUGAAAGUCUGCAAUCAAAUCAACUGCUAGAUAUUGCUUGUUUCGCAGCGCUGACUUUGGAGGCUGAGGGAAAUUAUUCAUCAAUUGUGUAGUUUUAAUAUUAAACAUAAACUACAUAAUUAAAUCAAUAAAAAAAACCUUGUUUCAAAAAAAGCAAAUAUCUUUAGUAGUUUAUCUUGAUUUAUCUCUCAAAACUAUUGACCAGGGGGAGAACUCCAAGGCAAAUUGUGUGGGGGUAUGCCUAAUGCUAAAAUGCUGCUUUUACAGGCCUGGAGCACCCAAGUACUGUUUUCUCUCAAAUAUGCUUUAAAAUGCUGUUUUGGGCUAUCUGGAGUG